AUGAGAGUCUGGUGGGAGUUCGUGGAAAAGCAGGCGAUGGCAGAAUGGACCCCAGGGUCCCUGGAGGUGAAGGGUGGUGUUACCCUUGCUGCUGGGCCAACAGAGGCGACAAGCGUCGUCGUGCCACAUCGCCGCCUGCAGGAAAUAUUCUCUAUGCUGCUGCGGGGAACCUCUCUGUUCCAGGGAGUCAAGACCAGCCCUCGCAUCUUCUCAGCCGCCUCCCCUCGUGCUUGCCGUCCAGCCCAGGCUCCAUAUCGUCUCCCAGUGAUCGCCAAAGCCUCAGUCCAGGUUCGCUUCUUCUACAAGCCCAACAUGGCUGCCAGGGACCCCAGCACCGUGUCCAACUACGACGCGUGGCGGACAAAGCAUACCACGGCCAACCUCAGGCUGGACUUUAAGGAGAAAGUCCUGCGCGGGGUGGUCACGCUCGAGCUUGAGUCGCAGACGGACAAGGGAUCCAAGGAGAUCAUCCUUGACUCUAGCUAUCUCUCGGUUUCCUCCGUCAAGGUCAACUCAAACGAGUCUGAGUGGCAGGUCAAGGACCGAGCGGAACCACUGGGCUCGCCCGUCCACAUCUCCGUGCCUGCUGGCGCGGCAAAGUCGGAGGUGGUCAAGGUGGACAUCGAGCUGGCCACGACGGACAAGUGCACCGCGCUGCAGUGGCUGACGGCCGCGCAAACCUCAAACAAGAAGGCCCCCUUCAUGUUCUCGCAAUGCCAGGCGAUUCAUGCGCGGUCACUCUUCCCCUGUCAGGACACUCCCGACAUCAAGUCCACGUACUCGUUCAGGAUCACCUCGCCCCACGUGGUCGUGGCCAGCGGUGUCGCCUCUGGUGAGCCUGAGGCGCAGAGAGGUGGUGACAAGCUCUACAGCUUCGAGCAGAAGGUCCCCAUCCCUUCGUACCUCUUUGCUCUUGCCUCGGGAGACAUUGCCACUGCGUCUAUUGGCCCCAGGUCUCUGGUGGCCACCAGCCCGGAUAAGCUGGAUGGUGCCAAAUGGGAGUUUGAGCAUGACAUGGAGACCUUCAUGGAGGCAGCCGAGAAGCUGGUGUUCCCAUACCAAUGGGGCCAGUAUAACGUUCUCGUCUUGCCACCGUCAUUCCCGUACGGAGGCAUGGAGAAUCCCAUCUAUACCUUUGCUACACCGACUGUCGUUUCUGGGGACCGCCAGAAUGUGGACGUCAUUGCUCAUGAGCUGAGUCACAGCUGGAGUGGAAACUUGGUGACAAGUUGCAGCUGGGAGCACUUCUGGCUGAACGAAGGCUGGACAAUGUACUUGGAGCGUCGUAUAAACGCCUCGAUUCAUGGUCCCGCCCACUUCGACUUUUCUGCUGUGAUCGGAUGGAAGCAUCUUGAGGACGCCAUUCAGGAGUAUGGCAAGGACCAUGAGUACACACAGCUUUCCAUACCUCACAAGGGUAUCGACCCCGACGAUGCGUUCAGCACCGUGCCUUAUGAGAAAGGCUUCCACAUGAUAUACUACCUGGAGAGACUAGUUGGCCGAGCGAGCUUUGACAAGUUCAUCCCCUACUACUUUAAGAAGUGGUCCAGGAAGUCUUUGGACUCAUACGACUUCAAAGCUACCUUCCUCGAGUUCUUCGACGCACCAGAAUACUCUGAACUCAAAGACAAGAUCGCCGGCAUCGACUGGGAGACACGUUUCUACAGCCGUGGGCUGCCACCAAAGCCCGAGUUUGACACUUCCCUUAUCGAUGUCUGCUACAAGCUGGCAGACCAAUGGAAGGACAAGGAUUUCACACCCUCUGCCAAAGACGUAGAAGGCCUUGCUGCCAACCAGAAGCUCGUCUUCCUCGGAAAGGUCCAGGACUUUAGCAAGCCCCUGAGCGCCGCGCAGGCGGAGAAGAUGGGAGACGUAUACGGCUUCCUCGGCAGCAAGAAUGUCGAGCUCAAGGCCGCCUAUUUCCACAUUGCCCUUGGAUCCAAGGUCACAAGCACGUACCCUCUCGUCGCUGAGCUUCUGGGCGAGGUUGGACGGAUGAAGUUUGUGCGCCCGCUCUUCAGGUCCCUUAACAAGGUCGACAGGGCGCUUGCCGUCAAGACCUUUGAGAAGAACAAGGAUUUCUAUCACCCUAUCUGCAGGGCUAUGGUGGAGAAGGACUUGGGUGUUGCUGCUGAGGCCACAUAG